GACAGCAAUGCCCUUAAGCUUUACAUAAAUUACGCUAUGUGUCACUUUUCCUUUACUCUUUUCUGUAACUAUACACACCUGCAUGAACUUUCAGCAGUUGUGAGCAACAACCUGAGAUGGUGGACACGAUAAGCAUCGACUUGAAUUCCGGUGGCCCCGAUGAGCAGCUCCUCUUACCGGAGGCUGACAAUGUUGACCGGUCUUGGCGGCUGAAUUUCGAUAGCUUCCAGCCGCCACCGGAGAAGAAAGAGAAGACUCGUCACAGCCUUCCUGACUGCCUCGGCGUUUCAAAAGAAGAAGACAGUGUUGCAGAAUAUUAUCAACAACAAGUGGAAAUGCUUGAGGGAUUUAAUGCAAUGGAUUCCUUAGCUGAUCAUGGUUCUGCACCUGGAAUGUCAAAGGAAGAGAGAGAACAAUUGGCCAAAAGUGAAGCAACUGCCAUAAGGAUAUCAAAUAUUGCAAACAUGGUUCUCUUUGCUGUUAAGGUUUAUGCAUCUGUUCGGAGUGGUUCUCUGGCGAUUGUUGCAUCAACAUUAGACUCACUCCUUGAUCUGUUAUCUGGUUUUAUAUUGUGGUUUACGUCUUUCUCCAUGAAGAAGCAAAACCCAUAUAAGUAUCCUAUUGGAAAGAAACGUAUGCAACCUUUGGGAAUACUUGUUUUUGCAUCUGUUAUGGCCACUUUGGGACUACAAAUAAUUUUGGAGUCUAUUCGAACGCUGAUAUCUAACAAGCGUGAUUUCAAACUUACAAAGGAACAGGAGUUCUGGGUAGUUGGCAUUAUGGUUUUUGUAACUGUUGUGAAGCUAGUUUUGGUGCUCUAUUGCCGAUCCUUUACCAACGAGAUUGUCAAAGCAUAUGCCCAAGACCACUUCUUUGAUGUUGUCACCAACGUCAUAGGUCUAGUUGCUGCAUUACUUGCUAACUACGUAAAAGGCUGGAUGGACCCUGCUGGAGCUAUUAUUCUGGCCAUAUACACCAUCCGAACUUGGUCACUUACUGUGAUGGAGAAUGUGAAAUCACUUGUUGGCAAGUCAGCUCCCCCAGAAUAUUUGCAGAAAGUGACAUACCUAUGUUGGAACCAUCACAAAUCCAUACGGCACAUAGAUACUGUCAAGGCAUACACCUUCGGUUCCAACUACUUCGUUGAAGUUGACAUUGUCUUGCCUGCAGACAUGCCCUUGAAAGAGGCACAUGAUAUUGGAGAGUCCUUGCAAGAGAAGUUGGAAUGGCUACCUGACAUCGAGCGGGCCUUUGUUCAUCUUGAUCACGAGUUCAGCCACAAACCAGAGCAUGCACAGACACAUCUCUAGUGUAAAAAAAUGCUUCUAUCUUCUUCCCAACUCCCAACAUCUAUAUUUGUCCAGAGUUUGAGGAUGUCACUUUGGAGAUCUGAUUCCUUUAGCAUAAAAGUUGUAGGAGACAAUUAGUUGUCAGCAUCUUAAACUCAGAAUUGGAAUAACAUUAUACUCCCUCCGUAACUUAAAAAUCUUCCCACUUUCCUUUUUCGUCCGUAACAAAAAAAUCUUCCCAUUUCUAAAUCUUCCCAUCAUACCCUCAAUAAUUCUUAAAAUAAUACACUAUUACAACUACUUUUUUUGGAUUUAUCCUACAUUCCACCACAUUAUUCCACUAUUUUCCCAUCAUACCCUCAAUAAUUCAUAUCAUCUUUCACUAUUCUUAAUCUACCUACUUUUGAAAUGGGAAGAUUUAAAAGUUACGGAGGGAGUAGUUGAUAUGUUAGAUGGUAAAUACAACCGUCUUUAUCAGGGGUGGAGACAGGGGAGGCUGGCGGUGGCCACGACCCCUGCAAGAAAAAAAUUGUGAUGUAUAUAUAUGUAUAAAUAUUUAGAAGUAUUACAAAAUAUAGUGAAAAUUUAAGUUUUGGCCCCUGCUAUAUAAAUUCUUUAAGCCCCGGCCCCUGUAACCUAUCAAUCCUGGCUCCGCCACUGGUCUUUAUUACUCCGUCCCCGCUAUGAUUGUCUCAUCUUUAUUUUUUUUAUCCGUGUCACUAAUAUUAUUUCAUACCAAAUUUGGUAAUGUUUUGUUUU